AAAUCUUCAAUGCCGGAGAAGAAACAUUUAGAGCAAAGAAAUCAAUGUGUCUCGAAAAAUACAAUAUGAUGUUGAAUGAACAACGAACCGUUGAAAGAUUGUCAUCUCCUGUCUUGGAAUUUUUAUAUAAUGAGGAAUUGAUGACUCAAACACAAAAACGUAAAAUGGAGAUCAGGUUGUCGGUGUGGAGACUCUUGGUAAUAUCAAGCCUUGGGUUUGUUGACAGUUUGGAUUAUCCGCCAGUCAAGAAAUUGCAAAUUCAGAAGUACGCCUUCUGUAAGAAUGUCAUUGCAUGUCGAGAAAUUAUGCAAAUGGAGGAUAUGGAGGACGAGGCUACAAUUCCAUGA